AUGGUUCAACACGUGAGGAGAGAAGCAAACCAAGCGGCCGAUAGUCUGGCCAAGGAGAGUCUUCGACACCCGUCAGAUCAAGUUUGGAUCCAUGCCUUGCCUGACUGUCUUUUUCAUUUAGUACCUUUAGAGCUUCAUGUUCUUCUCAUAUAUUUGUCCUACUAUAUAACUACCUCUCUUCCUCAUCAUAUUCUCUCAAAUUCCUUUUUCCUUCCGAACAUUCACAAUGUGUCGACCCUUCAACAAAUCUUUUGUCUCUUCUUCUUAAUCCUGCUCCCUCUCUUAGUUUGGGGAGACUGCACGUGCGACGCCGACGACGGAGAGCGCGACAAGCACCAGGCGCUGGUGUACAAACUUGCCGCCAUCGCUUCCAUACUCAUCGCCGGCGCAAUUGGCGUCUGUAUUCCGAUACUAGGUAAGACUAUUCCGGCCUUGCGACCCGAGAAGGGCGUGUUUUUCAUUAUAAAGGCGUUCGCCGCCGGCGUGAUAUUGUCGACCGGGUUCAUCCACGUGCUUCCCGACGCUUUCGAGAGCUUGACGUCGCCAUGUCUCGACGAGAAGCCGUGGCGGACGUUUCCGUUCGCGGGGUUCGUGGCGAUGACGUCGGCGAUCUUGACUCUGAUGGUUGAUGCCUUUGCGACGUCGUAUUACAGGAGCUCCGGCUUCAAUAGCGGCGCUCAAGGAGGGGUUGAGGACGUGGAGAAGGCGGGUGACAUGCACGUUCACGCUCACACUCAUGCAACGCAUGCCCAUGGCCCCGCUUCUACUUCGUUGGACCUUCUUCGGCAUCGAGUCGUAUCGCAGUGGCUAAAGGCUUUUGUGAAGGGUGUUGGGAAUAAUUCCACUCACGUUGGCCCAUCAGAAGAAUCUCACUUUUCCAUCAACUGCAGCAUGAAGAACAUGCCUUAG